AUGGACAAGAAGAGUUCAAUGGCUUCUCUGCUCUCCGAUGAAGAUGAAUACGACUUCUUGGAAAUAUCAUCAUCAUCCGAAGAAGAUGAUGAUUUGGGUCUGUUUCUGUCUCGGUCUCAGUCUCUCUCGCACUGGGAACUCAUCAGCACCUCAGACGCUGACAACGACUACGACUCUGAAGAGCCCAAACAAGAAAAACGACACCAAAAAGAUCACCAAGAUGAAGAUAAUGGGUUUGGAUCUUCCCCUGUAAACGACCAAAUUGCAAUCGAACCCCAUGGCCUUCAUUUUCUUGAGGAUGGCUAUGGUGAUUUCGAUGAUGAUGAUGAUGAUGAUGAUGCGUAUGCUUUGAACGACGAGCUUGUUCCGUGGUCGGUGAACGAAAAAUUCAGGAGACAGAGAAUGAGGAAGUUGGGGAAAAGGGGAUUUACGAAGAAGAUGUCCAAUUCCAAGAGGUCGCCGUAUUUGUUUGUGAGGCCUGGGGCUGUUCGCGGCAAGCAUGGUCUGGGUUUCAAGCACAGUUUCUGA